GGCGAUGCCGGAUGGCAUCUAGGUAACUUUGGCGCCUGCGCAGAGGUCCCCAGCUCCCCUGUGGGUUCCACUUAGUCUUGGCGGCGGCGCUGGCUGGCGCGCUCGGAGCAGGUCGCUUGGAUUUGGUCGGACGCCCGGCUCCGCCAUGAACAGGUGCGCGGAGGCGGCGGCGGUGGCGGCCUCGGUGCCCGGCGCGGGCGUCGGGAACGCGGGGCUGCGGCCGCCCAUGGUGCCCCGCCAGGCGUCCUUUUUCCCACCGCCAGUGCCCAACCCCUUCGUGCAGCAGACGCGACUGGGGGCUGCGAGGCGCCUCCAGAUUUUCUUUCUUGGAAUUAUCCUGCUUCCAAUUCGUGUCCUGUUGGUUGCAUUCGUUUUAUUACUGGCAUGGCCAUUUGCUGCAAUUUCAACAGCAUGCUGUCCUGAAAAGCUGACCCACCCAGUGACUGGAUGGAGGAGGAAAACUGCUCAUCCAGUCUUGAAGUUUCUAGGCCGAGCCCUGUUCUUUUCAAUGGGAUUUAUUGUUACCGUGAAAGGAAAGAUUGCAAGUCCCGUGGAAGCACCAAUUUUUGUCGUUGCCCCUCAUUCAACAUUCUUUGAUGGAAUUGCCUGCAUCAUAGCUGGGUUGCCUUCUAUAGUAUCUCGAAAUGAGAAUGUGCAGGUGCCUCUGAUUGGCAGAGCCUUCAUUCCAGGAGUUCCAGUGCAACCAGUUCUCCUCAGAUACCCAAACAAGCUGGAUACUGUGACUUGGACAUGGCAAGGAUAUACAUUCAUUCAGCUUUGUGUGCUGACUUGGUGCCAGCCUUUCACAAAGGUGGAAGUUGAGUUUAUGCCUGUUCAAGUACCAAAUGACGAAGAGAGAAGUGACCCCAUCCUUUUUGCCAAUCGAGUCCGGAAUUUAAUGGCAGAAGCUCUGGGAAUUCCAGUGACAGAUCACACAUAUGAAGACUGCAGAUUAAUGAUUUCAGCGGGACAGCUAACAUUGCCUAUGGAAGCUGGGUUGGUGGAAUUUACCAAAAUCAGCCGGAAACUGAAGUUAGAUUGGGAUGGGAUUCGUAAGCAUUUGGAUGAAUACGCUGCUAUUGCAAGUUCCUCCAAGGGAGGAAGAAUUGGAAUUGAAGAAUUUGCAGAGUAUUUGAAGUUGCCUGUUUCAGAUGUCUUGAGACAACUUUUUGCGCUCUUUGACAGGAACCACGAUGGCAGUAUCGACUUCCGAGAGUACGUAAUUGGCCUGGCUGUCUUGUGCAACCCUGCCAACACAGAGGAGAUCAUCCAGGUGGCAUUUAAGCUCUUUGAUGUGGAUGAAGACGGCUUCAUAACAGAGGAGGAGUUCUCCACCAUUCUGCAGGCUUCCCUUGGGGUGCCCGACCUGGAGGUUUCCGGUCUCUUCAAGGAAAUAGCCCGGGGGGAUUCUAUUUCUUAUGAGGAAUUUAAAAGUUUUGCCCUAAAGCAUCCAGAAUAUGCUAAGAUAUUUACAACCUACUUAGACCUCCAGACAUGCCAUGUGUUUUCAUUACCAAAAGAAGCCCAAGCAACGCCCUCGGUCAUGAGUAAUAAAGUCAGUCCUGAAAGUCAUGAAGAGAGUCCCUCAGACAAAAAAGACGACUGAAAGCACAUGAUCCUAAUAAGGAAAAUGCAGUGGCUUUUACAUGAAAUUGUGCAGUUAUGGAUCGAUAGUAUUUUAUUUGUGAUUACUGAGGAAAGAUGAUGUUUAAAAUGGAAAGCUUUUUUAUAAAAGUGGUGGUCUUAUUAAAGUGCUUUUAUUCACGUGUGUGUAUCAAAUAAUAUUCCUUUUCUUUUACACUGUAUUUUGCUGUAUGGAUUGACUUACUGGAGAUAAACAUGUUUUCUGGGUUUUCUGGGUUAAUUUGCAUAUACAAAUGAAUAAAAUGGUCUCCCCAAUUGACCGAUUAGUCAACACUGUAAAAAGUUUCAAAAGCAUAGACACUUUUUAAUCUACUCUCCUCUAAAGAAAUAAAGUUGGAGUCUGUUAGCACGAAUCCCUUCCCAUUCUGGAGAUAAGAAUGAAGAAUCCGAGGAAUGGUGCAGAAUUUUAUACCUUUAACACCACAGAUUUUUCUUCGGAUUGCAUCUCAGUUUCUUGGAUCACUGAAUAUGAGGGAAUUGGAAGGAGAGCUCCGCUAAUUAGAUGAGACUUCGUAAAAACUCAUCUUCUCGAGCAUGCAUUCCUUUUGCAGAUUCCCUUAACCACUUGUUAAGGAAAUCAUACCCUUUCGCAUGAUCUACAGAUUUAGUAAAGACAACAACUAUGGCCAAAGGCUAUGUGGGAAUUGCCUUAUUGAAGGUAACAUUAAUUGCCUAAUGAGAAAAUAAAUUGUUUGCCACAGACUUUAGUUUAAUUUGAGUUGGGUAGUUGAGAAUGUAGCACUUGCCCAGUAAAUGUAUCAGAUUUGCUUGCUUUAUAUAAUAUUAGAAUUAAUCUAUUCUACCAUAGAUUAGAGUUUUAUUUUAUUAAUCGUCCUCUCAAAUUUUAGCACUUGCCUGAAAUAUCUACAGGGAAAAUACAAAAGAUUCCAAAGUAUCACCCAGCUAGGGAAUCCAAAAAUCUGCUUUAUUAAUGCAAGACCACAAUUUAACCCCCGGGCAGGAAUUUAACAGUGAUCUUUUUUCCUUUGGGUUAAGCAAUAAGUUCCUUCAAGCACCAUUUUAUUAGACAUCAUGCAUGCUUACUAGAAAGUUUCAUCCUUAAGUAUAUACGUAUAAUUGUUUACUUUUUACAUGUCUUAAAGCUAUUUAGACAAAACAUUGAAUGAGCUGAAAACAACUGCUUCAGUAAUUAGGAAAGUACGUCUUUAUAAUGUUGUCUGUCAUAUGCAAUUGAAUGUAUGUAAUACUCAGGUACCAUGAUUUUUUUUACCAUAGAAAAGCCAUAUUAAUCCCAUUAGUCAUGACAAGUAGCAUUUUAAAUUAAAAGCUUUCUAUGAGGCUCUUGAAAGUGAUCCCAUUGUUUUCCUGUUUUAAAAUAAUAUUUUAUGCUCUUUAAUUCCACUUCUGCCAAUGUAAUGUUUCCAUUUUGUUACUGAAUAAAUAAACUUGGUACAUAAAAUUCUUGGCAA